AUGUUGAACAAGCUAUCAUCAACAGCCAUACUAAACCCACUACCAGUUAGAAGAGCCAGUACUACUCAUUCUUUGUUGAAAUCAAUUGCUACAACAAACACCAAUUUUUCUCGAUCUUUGUUUCACAGACAUUCCACUAAUAGACGCUAUAAAGACUCAAGCAACUUUAACACUUUACUCACUUCUAAAAUGACUUUGAUCACCAUUUCGCAAUCUUUGGAUGAAGCCUUCACCAAGAACAAGAUUGUUCCUGAUGUUGUUGAUGAUUUUGAAACACAAGGAUUAUUGUCAAUUGAGUACGGACCUACUGAAUUGGUCACUUUGGGAAACACUUUACCUGUUUCCGGUACACAACACCAACCAAAGAUCCAAUUGACCUUGAACUCCCCAACUGAAGAUGGCAAAAUUGAGUCGAUUGGCGAACAAGACAAGUUCAUCUUGGUCUUGACUGAUCCUGAUGCACCUUCAAACAGCGAUCACAAGUGGUCAGAAUAUUUACACUGGUUGGUGACUGAUAUCACUUUGCCCAACUUGAAGACUGAAUCUGGUGAGCCAGAAAUCAGCCAUUUUAUUGAUGCUUCAAGCGGUAAGGUGGUUUUCAAGUACGAAGGGCCCGGACCACCACCAAAGACUGGUAAGCACCGUUAUGUGUUUUUGUUGUUUAAGCAAGACCCAAAAACAAUCACUUUUGAAAAACCAAAAGAUAGACCAACUUGGGGAACUGGAACUCCGUCGAGUGGAGUUAGAGACUGGAUCAAAGCAAACGCACCAGGAUCAAAAUUGUUGGCUGUGAACUUUUUUUACGCCCAAAAUGAAGACAACUAA